GCCUUUCCCCGGCGAAAUGCAACGAGACUGGAAAAGGCGGGGAGAGCGAAGCCGUUGAGAGGGCUCCUGUCGCGCUCUCGUGCCGGCGGGGACGUGUGACGCUCCACGUGAUAAAAGAGCGCCUUCAGUUCAGUUCGGCGGCCGGGAUGGACGUGGAAGGUGGCGUGCCGGGUGGGCGGACGAGGAGAACAGGGCGCUGCUGUGAUGGCGAUGGUGUCACCUCUGGGCGCGCUUCCAUGUGCUUCGUGGGAAGGGGGGGACUGUACUGGAGGAGAAGAAGUGGCACGCGGGCGACGGAAUCGACGAGACUAUGAUGAAGAGUGCGAGACCGGACCCAAGGGGGAGUAGCGUAGGCGCCGUCAUGGACGAGAAGCAGGAAAUGCCCUCGUCGAAGGAGGACAAGCGUAAAGAGAAGAAGCCGAAAUCCGCCAGGCUUUUUCGGAAGAAAUCACUCAAGUCCGUGGGGAGUUUUAUGAACAGAAUCAUCAAAACUCUGGGCACUUUCACCCACUUUGCGGACGCGCAGGACGCGGAGGACGACGAUGGGGGAUUUGGGAACGGCACACCUUGCACCCUCGGCGCCAGCUCGGGCAUUGCCAAAGAGGAUGUACAGGUGCCUAGGCUGGUCAAGAACCCUCCUCUUGGCAGGGACAAACUACUUUACCAGUACGGGGACAAAACGCCGGGCGUUCUGGGCUUGAAAAACCACGGCAACACGUGCUUCAUGAACGCCGUGGUCCAGUGUCUGAGCAAUACCGACCUGCUGGCCGAGUACUUGGGACUGGAGAGGUACAAGUUGGACCUGAGUGACACCGCGGUCGACGGGACUUCGAGGAGCGCGGAGACUCGCGUCGCUAACGGAGAGGUCACGGAGCACUUGGCCUCACUUGUUCGGGCUCUGUGGACUUUGGAAUACACCCCGCAGCUGUCUGUCGACUUCAAGGCUAUCGUGUCCAAGUUUGGAUCGCAGUUCCGUGGUAAUUCCCAACACGACGCCCUGGAGUUCCUUCUGUGGCUGCUGGAUCGCGUCCACGAAGACAUCAAUCUGGCCUCACACAAUAACAAUAAUACAACCAAAGCUUGCGAACGGGAUCCCGAUGAAGAUGAAAACCUGCGGCAUCCUGGCCCGCCCCAUUGCCAGCAGCAACAUAGUUUUGUCCAGGAACAUUUUCAGGCACAGUACAAAUCUUCACUGACAUGCCCCCAUUGUUUGAAACAGAGCAACACCUUUGACCCUUUCCUUUGCAUCUCACUGCCGAUUCCUCUUCGCCAGACCAGGCCCGUGUGUGUGACUCUGGUGUUCAGCACAAAGGGACAAAGGUACCUGCGAGUCGGUCUGGCCGUGCCUCUGUUCGGCUCUGUCGCCUGCUUGAGAAGGAUGGUGGCUGAUGAGGGCAACGUUUCCCCAGAUCAGGUGAUCCUGACUGAAGUUUACGCCAGCGGGUUCCAGCGCUCCUUCUUUGAUGAAGACGACCUAACCAGUAUAGCGGAAAAUGACGUCAUCUAUGCCUUCCAGGCUCCGCCUCUCUACAUUCGAGGCGGCUCUGCACGGACUUCAGGAUCCCAUCACAGUCUACCGCCAUCUUCGACGUAUACCGCCGGUCCCGAGGCUAAAAGAUUACCUGCGUCCGGGGCGUUGUCUUCAGAAUUUCUCAACCAGGGCGUCCCACUGAAGAUUUUGCUGUUGGUAUGCAACGCAGCGGGAGCAGGCCAGCAAACUGUUAGGUUCGGCCCUCCAUUCUUAAUGAGGGAGGACCGGUCUAUUUCCUGGGAUCAGCUGCAGCAAAGCAUUCUGAGCAAGCUUUACUACCUGAUGAUCAACGGGGCGCCGGCACAGAAUAACAGAGUGCUCUUCAACAUCCGCGUGGUUGGAGGCUCGUCAUUUUACAGCUACUUGUCACCGCAGGACGGUCGGCCGCUCUACCAUCCUGCUGUCGACAGAGCUUUGAAACUCUGCAGCCCGGGAGGACCGCCGCAUGUGAAGCUCAUCAUUGAAUGGGAGUACAGAAUCAAAGACUGCCUGUUUGGUAACAUUCAGGAGGAGGUGGUGAAGGAUGCGGACAGUGUGAGGAAUCAGCAGCAGCAGCAUGUCCAGCAGUACAGCUGCACCUUGGAUGAGUGUUUUCAGCUCUACACCAAAGAGGAGCAGCUCGCCCCCGACGAUGCCUGGAAGUGCCCACACUGCAAGCAGCUGCAGCAGGGGAUGGUGAAGAUGAGCUUGUGGACGCUACCGGACAUCCUCAUCCUCCACCUGAAGCGCUUCAGGCAAGUGGGCGAGCGGAGAAACAAGCUGACCACGUUUGUACGUUUCCCCCUGGUGGACCUGGACAUGACGCCGCACGUGGUGAACCGCAACCACGGCCCACCUCAGGCCCCGCUUCAGCCGGGCUGGAAGCAGCCCAGCCGGCCCGAGCUGGCUCCCACUGACUUCCUCUACGAUCUCUACGCCGUGUGCAACCAUCACGGAGGGAUGCACGGGGGCCAUUACACAGCCUUUUGUCGAAACUCCGUGGACGCUCAGUGGUACAGCUACGAUGACAGCAAUGCCGAGGCAGUUCCGGAAGGAGACGUGUGCACACGAGGCGCCUAUAUCCUCUUCUAUCAAAGAAGAAAAACAAUCCCGCCGUGGUCUGCGAGUUCUUCGCUCACUGGUUCCACCAGUUCAAACACUUCGGACCACUGGCUGGUGCGGCUGACUGGGGCUAGUGACAGAGGUGCCCCGGCGUCAGCAGCAUCCAGCUCAGUGCCGCCGGUGCCCAUGCAACGUCCGGAUUCGACUGCUCGGCCGGUGUUUGAAGAGCGCCGCAAAACCGCAGACGCAAGUGAAUUUGAGUCCAAACCGUUCGUCCGCGGGACCCACGCAAGGAGUGUCAGCAUGAGAUCUCCGACGAAGGCCAGGGAGUCUUUCGGCAAAGUCCUGCCGCUGCGAUGGUCCUUCAGAACCAAGGAUCGCAUGAAGCACUCGGUCGAGACUCAGUCCGGGGAGCUGGUGGAAUAUCUGGAGUCGGGCCGCCGUCCGCGAUGUACCAAAGAGCCGAUUGUAGCUCUGGUGGCCACCCCGCCGCAAGCGCACGCCCAGCGCGGAGCCUUUGAGGGCGGACAGGAGUGCAGCUCACCAAGCGGCAGUAGCCUGAGCUGCGCAGAAUCAUGCUACUCCCCCAAAAUCCCCGAGGGACAGAGCAGGCCCGCUAUGGAGAGGCACCUCAGCAGCACUGUCAAGGGCAGCGAGGAUGGCUCCCUGAGGGUGAGGUCAUCGAAUAAGAGAGCGAGGCAGGAGCCCGGCAGGACUUUGGACAUCCAACUUCAGAGAGUGGCCAUGUUAGGAGCGCACAUCAGCAGCCACAGUGCACCUCCGAGCAGAGAUUCCACACUGAGAAAAAACAAGGUCCCUUUCGGGGGGAGCACCAGAUCCCCGAGAGAUCCGUUUCAAGCAGAGGGCCAAAGGGGCCGUGAGGGUCAGAGCCAAGAGAACCUCGUGGCCUUUGUCAAGCCCGGUUUCAUGCGCAAAGACGCCCCGAGAUCGCCUCCGAUGGGUCGGGAAGGACGCGUGAACGGAUACGGGCAUUUGGGAAAGCCGGCAAGCGGCGAUUUUACCAAGCUGUCUCAAUCCAACGGAACCCUGAGCGCCGUGACAAAGCACGAACGCCAGGCCUACGCGCUCCCCUGCCGCCAGGUCCGGCUGCGGAACGGACACGUCGCGUGCCCUGACUGCGUCGACAUCAAGCGCGCUCACAGCUCCAGCAACAUUCAGACAAAGCUGGACGUGAGCUUUCACGGCUGCGCCUCGCUGCAGAGGAACGGCGACGUCGCGGCCUCGCGCCGCGUCCCGCUCUCGGACAAGCCCGGCUUUGCCACCCUGCAGAGGACACAGUUCAGUACCACCUCCCUGGUGCCUCUGUGACAUCUCCCAAUGACUUGUGGAGCCUCCGACUUCUUGGCUGAGAUGUCACACCCUGAAAGCAUCGCUGGAAAGGAGUGUCUUCGCUCCUCCGUUGAUACAGUAGUACUGUUACUUUUUACCUGUGUGUGUCUUAAACUAAAUCUAUGCAGAGUUGAGUUACUGCUGUCAUUUGUAGGAAUUGCUGCCGUUGGACUUUGUCUCCUGAUAACAUGUGACUGUGGAAUACAGUGGACCUCCGCUAUUCGCCUCAAUGAAACUCUUUGACGCAUUUCAACAAAGUUCCUCGGCACCAA